AUGACGGGACUUUUGCGGUAUAAAUUUCUUUCUUUUUUGCUUUCUUUUUUCUUUCUUUCUUUCUUUCUUUCUUUCUUUCUUUCUUUUCUCUUUCCUUUUCUUUCAUUCUCUUUCUUUCUUUCUUUCUUUCUUUUCUCUUUCCUUUUCUUUCAUUCUCUUUCUUUCUUUCUUUUCUCUUUCCUUUUCUUUCAUUCUCUUUCUUUCUUUCUUUUCUCUUUCCUUUUCUUUCAUUCUCUUUCUUUCUUUCUUUCUUUUCUCUUUCCUUUUCUUUCAUUCUCUUUCUUUCUUUCUUUCUUUUCUCUUUCAUUUUCUUUCAUUCUCUUUCUUUCUUUCUUUUCUCUUUCCUUUUCUUUCAUUCUCUUUCUUUCUUUCUUUCUUUCUUUUCUCUUUCCUUUUCUUUCAUUCUCUUUCUUUCUUUCUUUCUUUCUUUUCUCUUUCCUUUUCUUUCAUUCUCUUUCUUUCUUUCUUUCUUUUCUCUUUCCUUUUCUUUCAUUCUCUUUCUUUCUUUCUUUCUUUCUUUUCUCUUUCAUUCUCUUUCUUUCUUUUCUCUUUCAUUCUCUUUCUUUCUUUCUUUCUUUCUUUCUUUCUUAUUUUCUUUCUCACUCAUAUGCACAUAUUGUAUAG